AUGCACGCUCAAAAAAUAAUUGUCAUACAUCCGGGAUCUUUAAAUUUACGUAUUGGACGUGCUAGUGAUCUCAAUCCCAUAACUAUUCUACAUGCAAUUGGAAGACGUCGUAAAGUGGAACAAAAACAUGACACAAACCUGGUGUAUCAUGAUCCAUUGUUACCAAGUAUCGUUGCGGAUAAGGAAAAUGAAAUUAUGCAGGAAUUUGAAGAGAGCCGAUUACAAGUUUCCCACUCCAUACAAACUCAUGUGACACAAUAUGAAGAACGUGGUGGAGGUGCAAAACGAAUGCGAGUCGCUACGCCGCCGCAACAAAUUGCAACAUUUAAUCGACGAUCAGUGCCGGAAGAACUGCCCUUAGAACCUGCAAUGAAAACUGAGAUAACGGAUAUUCAAGUUGAGGGAAAGGAAGUGGAAUUAAAUAAAAUCAAGGAGAACAUUUUCGAUGAAGAUAUCAUAAAAUUGAAUACAGAUCAGGCAUGCGAUUACAACAUCCACUUUCCAAUGAAAAGAGGAGAUUUAAAUUUACACAAUAACAUUGGUGGUUCGAUGACAGCUGUAAUAUCCGAUUUAGAAUCAAUAUGGUCUCACGUUAUUGUGGAACGUAUGUCUAUACCACGACGUACGUUGGGACAAUAUGGUGCUGUUUUGGUUAUAAACGAUAUUUACAAUCGCAGUGUUCUACGUGAAUUGGUGACACUGCUGUUGCAACGUUUAGGAUUUCGUGCGUGUUUUCUAGUCCAGGAUCAUGUAGCUGCCACAUUUGGAGCUGGUUUGGGUUAUGCCUGUGUUGUGGAUGUAGGCGAUCAAAAAUGUUCAAUAUCAUGUGUUGAAGAUGGCAUAUCACACCCUGAUACCCGUGUCCGUUUGGGUUAUGGCAGUGGAGAUCUCUCACAAGUUUUCCUUGCAUUGCUAAGGAAAUGCAGUUUUCCCUAUAAGGAAUGUAAUGUGGAGGAGUGUUAUGCCGAUGCUAUACUCAUCAAUAAUCUAAAAGAACUCUAUUGUCACUUGAAUUUGGAAAUAUGUGGAGCACAAGAAAAAGUCUUUGAAGUAAAAAAGCCAGAUAAACGCCUGCGUUACACCUUCCAAUUGGGUGAUGAAUGUGUUGUUGCUCCAUUGGCAUUCUUCCAUACGGAAUUAUUUAAUUUAACGGGCAAAAAUAAGGUGGUACAGUUGCAAAUGCGUAGUAGCCAACAAUCGGACCCAGAAGAUUGUUUUGAUGCUGAAUAUAUUCGAGAAACCGGUCGUGUACGCAAUGGCAGAGGAGAUCAAUUGCUUGAUGGAGCUAUGCCCAUAACGGGUGAUGCUCCCGAUGAAGAACUUGUUGUGGUCGACAAUUUUGAUGUUGAUGAACGUUCGGCCAAUGUACGUAACAUGGAUAAAGAGGAACAACUUUAUUACACAUCUGGUAAUGGCCAAAUUAUACCCAUUGACUUGGCUAUUGUACGUAGCAUUGAACGUUGUAUAUCCGACGAUAUGAAACGGAAAAUGUAUGGAAGUAUUCUAUUGGUGGGUGGUGGUAGUAAAUUAAGUGGAUUCGCAAAAUGGUUAGAACAAAAAAUCAUCCUGCAUGUACGUUCGGCUGAACAAUAUUCAUAUGAGGUGAAUGUAUGUGUCAAGGAAAUGGAUGCAUCGAUGAUUGCAUGGAAGGGUGCUGCUAUAAUGUCGUGCUUAGAAAGUGCGCCCGAGUUAUGGUUGUUUGCUGACGAAUGGAAAAAGUUUGGUUUACGAAUACUACGUGAAAAAAGUAUAUUUAUGUGGUAA